AGUUGCUUACCGCUUGCGUGGUUCCUUUUUCUGUACACAACUCACCACCGCGAACAGGCUUUCUUUGGUGGGCAAAACCCUUUUGCCUGCUGCUGUUCAUAAGAACAAGACCAAGCUUAUGCGUUAAUACACUCUUAUAUAUAUAUAUACACUUUCCGGAUUGAUAGGCAGUCGUACAAACGCCUGGUUUUUCAACUAUAGCCUUUCUCUUUUAUAUAUUGACUUCUUUUUUAUAUUCACAGCUACAUUGCAAGUUACAGCUCCGCUCGUGUCUCCAUCCAGUGUCACCUCUUUCCCCCACUAGUCUAUCGACGCCGCAGAAUACCCGCUCGGGGUAGCAUGUGCUGUCGGACACAUCGGUAAGCAUCGGAAAAGCUUAGCGGUUUGUCUGCCACACGGCCGCCGCUGCCCUCUUUCAACGUCGUAAUAAAGCCGAGUUUUCUUCGCUGGCCUGCAGCUGCCCAGAUACACUCCUGCUGUUGUUUCUUUCCCCCAUUUUCUGCUUUGAUUUGAGAAGGCUGUUGCUCUUUGCCAACCUUGCAACGCAUACGGUACACCCUUCUCUCUCUCUCUCUUUCUUUCAUUGUGGGUGCUUACAUCUUUUUCUUACACGCACUGGCCUGCGGAGACAGUCCGUUCUCUUUUUUUUUCCAAUAAAACCACAUAACUGUGUUCAUACGGCGCCGCACGUUUCUGUGAGUUCUUUGUUCAUAUCUACCCCUUCUUUAAUACGUCCAAUGGCCUCUUCCCCCACGAACAAAGCUGGCAUAUCGGCAGUGAACCGUAAACGGCAGCAUCCUAGCCACGUGUCUGAUCAUGGCUCUCCUCCUGCUGCUGCUGUCAAAGAUCGUCCUUUUAAUCACGCGCUGCAUGCGGGAGAGCAACGCAACGCAACGCCGUCUGCACCGCGCCCGGCCUCCCCCCUUCGGGAUGAUCUGACACUGCGUGCUGCCGGUGCCUCUGAGCUGCCUUCUCGUGUUCAGGAAGGGAAGAGCGCCAACCUCUCUCCGUCCCCCCGGCGCAUCGCAGCUCCAGGCGAGCGGAAGGAGUCGUUGAAAGUGGCUGCGCGCGGCUAGUUCCCGCAUCCGCCCUUCUCUUUCGCCUCCUCGCCCUCCUUAAUCGGCCGUUUCUGCCGCAGUCGCUUCGUGGCAUUCUUCAUGGCGGAGAAGGCGAUGAAGAAGAAGCUCGUUCUGCCGCCCCCUAUUCAUCGCUUGUACCGCUUUCUGGGUGAGACCCAGCACAGGGCCCUUCACCUUUCCUCUCAGCGUCAUCCUGCAGUGGCCUCCAUGGCCUCCCCUGCGCCGACACCGUCGCCAACGUCGAAUGAGGAAAGCGCCACGCCGCCGCAGGGGGACGUGUACGACUUCACCUUCUCUCGACGGGAAGCAGUGCAGCUGCGGACUCGGCAGCGUCGCUACCUCCGCCAGCAGUACGCCAGUCCCCACGCUCCGCAGCUCGUGCACCUCGAAGACGUGGCGGACACCCUUCUGCACGAAUGCGAGAUAAACGGCAGCCGCACCAAUGUGGACAAUGGAGAGGGAGAGGAAGAGGAAGAAGAUGAACACGACGGCUACAUUCGGAGUGCAUUCGACCCGGCAAUGACCACAUCGGAGCGGGUAUCGGAGUUGCUCGCGGUGUUCUGCACGCGUGGCACCCCGCAAGACGAGUUCAUCAGCGCCGUUUUCCACUUCCGCCUGGCGGUGCUGCAGAAGACGUGUAAGGCAGUUCCGAUCGGCGUCGUGGUGCCGUCGCUCGUGCGGCCGGUGGUGGGCCUGAACGACGCCGUGCUCACGCGUCGGAGUCGCCGUGACGCUGCGAUGGCGCAGGCGGCGGACAGUGAAGCUGAUGCAGAGCCCAAGGUGACCUAUCCACACCCCGGCACUCCUUUCACUUUUGAGGAUCUCGCACGCGACCCGGUGCAGCUGUCCGCGGAGCGGCGGCUGGAGCGGCGGACGGCGCUGCUGCACCGUCGCACGUUGUCGGAGGAUUUGUACGGCACCCCGACUCCGUAUCUUUAA